CGUUAUCUCCAUUAUCUUGAUAAUAUGUCCGUCAACAAGAAAGGCCACUUUUCUGUUAGUUAGUUUACAACACAGACGUGUUUAUUAAAAAAAUGGGUGUUGGAUUGUUCGUUUUGAUUUCUUUGAGUUUCACUUUAAUAAGUGCACAGCAAUUACAGCGAACGGCAGUUGCACAUUUUUCAUCCGAAAAUGGAAUCGUGAGGGGAACCGUCCUGUUCACGGAAACAAACGAAGGGAUACGCGUCACUGGCAGAAUAACGGGAAUGCCACCUGGCUCUUACGGAUUUCACGUGCACGAAUUAGGCGACCUAACUUCCUGCGACAACACCGGCGCUCACUACAAUCCUCGUGGCGUGAACCACGGUGGGCCUGAACACAAUGUGCGCCACGUCGGAGAUCUAGGAAACGUACACUUCGUAAGUACUGGAUCGGAAGUAGUAAGCACAAUGAAUACGAUUGACAGACUCAUCUCCCUCCGUGGCAUUAAUAAUAUCUUGGGACGCGCGUUGGUAUUACACCAGUCGCCCGACGACCUUGGCUUGGGAGGACAUCCAGACUCUCUCACGACUGGUAAUGCUGGUCCGCGAGUUGCCUGCGCUGUAAUUGGAAUGCACGCUCCAGUUGAAGCAUGGCAGAACUCUUCUAUGAGAGUAGGACCGUCAGUUCUAUUGUUGUUGGGUAUUGCAUUUAUGCGUUUCUUUAACUAAGGAACAGUAUUUGUCAGUAAACACAUCAUCAUUGUACAUCUUAUAUGUUUUGGUUGUAUCAUAAUUUAUUUAUUUUGAACUAGAAAAAGCCACCAGUCAUUUGUCGUUUCCGUCAUCAUAAGUUUUCAUCAUAGUUUUAUUGUUAAUUUUGUUCUGUCAUCUAUAAAGAUUUAAUGGAAUAUGAUAAAAA